AUGUAUGGGGGUAUCCAGCAGACCCUGAGGUGGGUAGCAGUGCAGGAGGUGGUGUUGCCAAUGCUUCUUAAGGGAUAUGAAACACCAGAAAUUGCAUUAAAUUGUGGCAUUAUGUUGCGAGAAUGCAUUCGUUAUGAGUCUUUGGCAAAAAUAAUUCUCUACUCAGAACAGUUUUAUGAUUUCUUCCGAUAUGUAGAACUGUCCACUUUUGACAUAGCCUCAGAUGCCUUUGCUUCAUUUAAGGAUUUGCUCACCCGACAUAGGCUUAUUUCUGCACAUUUUUUAGAAAAGAAUUAUGACAAAAUAUUUAUUGAAUAUGAGAAACUGCUGCAUUCUGGAAACUAUGUGACCAAGCGUCAGUGUCUGAAGCUUCUAGGGGAAUUGCUGCUGGAUAGACAUAAUUACAACAUCAUGUCAAAGUAUACCAGUAAACCAGAAAAUCUGAAGCUGAUGAUGAAUUUACUGAGAGACAAAAGCAGAAAUAUCCAGUCUGAAGCUUUUCAUGUAUUUAAGCUUUUUGUAGCAACUUCCAAUAUAUCUCAACCAGUUUUGGACAUCUUGUUAAAGAAUCAAAGUAAGCUGAUCGAAUUUCUCAGCAAGUUUCAGUGUGUUCGGACAGAUGAUAAACAAUUCUCUGAUGAAAAGAAUUAUUUGAUCAAGCAGAUACGAGAUUUAAAAAGACCUGCUGUGAUAGCUACUUAA